UAAUGAUGCACCGGCGGCCGCCGAGCCUCGCCUCGCCUCAGCGGCGGCCAGGGAAGGGCAGCGCCUGUAACUGGAAACCAGUGCCGGCACCGCGCGGCCGCUCCAUUCACUCCUAGGUGCGGAUUGCGCGCAGGGGAGAAGCGCUCCCUGAGCCUCAGGAGUCCACUGCCAGGAUUAUUGUACAGAGGAGCCGGGAGUAUCUUUGCAACCACCACGAGGAGAGACUUUCCUCUUUUUUUUUUUUUUUCUUUUCCUUUUUUUUUUUUUUUUUUUAUUUUUUUUUCCCUCUACCGUGAGCCAGGUUUGGAAUUAAAAUGUUCUGGUAGCAGGAGUGGAGUCUAUAAACUGAUAGAAACCAGUUAGAAAUCAGUAUUGCUGCUGCUUCUGAUAGCCGGGUUUCAUUUCUUGGAUAUUAAGUUGCAAAUCUGAAGAGAUGGCAUUUAUUGCAGUGAACGUGUUGAUUGGGAUAUUUAUUUACUUUAGCAGUGUAAAAGGAUCUUCCCAGCCUCAAGCAAGGGUGUUCCUAACAUUCAAUGAGCUGCAAGAAACUAAGACCUCUGAGUAUCACAGGAUAUCCCACAGCCCCCUGGAUUACAGGAUAUUAUUGAUGGAUGAAGAUCAGGAUCGGAUCUAUGUGGGGAGUAAAGAUCAUAUUCUGUCUCUGAAUAUUAACAAUAUAAGCCAAGACCCCCUCAGUAUUUUCUGGCCAGCCUCAGCAAAUAAGGUUGAAGAGUGCAAAAUGGCUGGCAAGGAUCCUACACACGGCUGUGGGAACUUUGUGCGCGUGAUCCAGUCGUACAACCGCACCCACCUGUACGUCUGCGGCAGCGGCGCCUUCAGCCCCGUCUGCGUCUACGUCAACAGGGGACGCAGGUCUGAGGAACAAGUCUUCAAGAUCGACUCCAAGUGUGAAUCAGGAAAGGGACGCUGUUCUUUCAACCCUAACGUGAAUACGGUGUCUGUUAUGAUCAAUGAAGAGCUUUUUUCAGGAAUGUAUAUUGAUUUCAUGGGGACAGAUGCGGCCAUUUUUCGCAGUCUGACCAGGAGGAAUGCAGUGAGAACUGACCAGCACAACUCCAAGUGGUUGAGUGAGCCUAUUUUUGUGGAUGCUCAUGUUAUCCCAGAUGGCACUGACCCCAAUGAUGCCAAAAUCUACUUCUUCUUCAAAGAAAGACUCACAGACAACAGCGGCAGCACAAAGCAAAUUCAUUCAAUGAUUGCAAGAGUAUGCCCAAAUGACACAGGUGGUCAACGCAGUCUCGUGAACAAGUGGACAACAUUCUUGAAAGCAAGACUUGUGUGCUCGGUAAUGGAUGAAGAUGGAACAGAAACAUACUUUGAUGAAUUAGAGGAUGUGUUUCUCCUAGAGACAGAUAACCCCAGAACAACACUUGUGUAUGGAAUUUUUACAACAUCAAGCUCCAUAUUUAAAGGCUCAGCCGUGUGUGUGUAUCAUCUGUCUGACAUCCAGACUGUGUUCAAUGGGCCUUUUGCACACAAGGAGGGCCCAAACCACCAGCUGAUUCCAUAUCAGGGCAGAAUUCCGUACCCACGGCCUGGCACCUGCCCGGGAGGAGCCUUCACACCCAAUGUGCGGACAACCAAAGAGUUUCCUGAUGAUGUUGUGACCUUCAUUAGGAAUCACCCUUUGAUGUUUAAUCCCAUUUACCCCAUCCACAAGAGGCCAUUAAUCAUCCGGAUAGGAGCUGACUACAAGUAUACAAAGAUUGCUGUGGAUCGAGUGAACGCUGCUGAUGGGAGAUACCAUGUCUUGUUUCUUGGAACAGAUCAAGGAACUGUACAGAAAGUUGUUGUCCUACCCACCAACUUCUCUGCAAGUGGAGAACUCAUUUUGGAAGAGAUGGAGGUUUUUCAGAGUAAUUCUCCUAUAACAACAAUGAAGAUUUCAUCUAAAAAGCAACAGUUGUAUGUGAGCUCGGAUGAAGGGGUCACCCAGGUCUCCUUGCAUCGCUGCCACAUCUACGGGACUGCCUGUGCAGACUGCUGCCUGGCCCGAGACCCAUACUGCGCCUGGGAUGGCAACUCCUGCUCCAGGUUUUAUCCCACAGGAAAAAGGAGGAGCCGUAGACAAGACGUGAGACAUGGAAACCCUCUGACUCAGUGCCGAGGUUUCAACCUGAAAGCAUACAGAAAUGCUGCAGAAAUAGUGCAGUAUGGAGUAAAAAACAACACCACCUUUCUGGAAUGCACACCUAAAUCUCCUCAGGCUUCCAUUAAAUGGCUGCUACAGAAAGACAACGACAGGAGGAAAGAGGUCAAGCUGAACGAGAGGAUCAUAGCUACGGAGCACGGGCUCCUGAUCCGCUCUGUGCAGGACAGCGACCGGGGCCUUUACCACUGCAUCGCAACAGAGAACAGCUUCAAGCAGACCUUGGCAAAGAUCAAUUUCAAGGUGCUGGAUUCGGAGGUGGUGGCUGUCAUGACUGACAAGUGGUCCCCUUGGACCUGGGCCAGCUCGGUGCGAGCACUGCAGUUCCACCCCAAGGACUUGGUGGGGGCUUUCAGCCACUCCGAGAUGCAGAUGAUUAACCAGUACUGCAAAGACAGCAGGCAGGCAGGUCAGCAGAGGGAAGAAUCCCACAAGAUGAGAGGGGACUAUAGCAAACUAAAGGCUCUUAUCAAUAGCAGAAAAAGUAGAAAUAGAAGAAAUCAAUUACCUGGAUCUUAAUUUUAUUUUAUAGUAAUAGAUAUUUUUGUCCUCAGUGUAGGGGGCUUAUAUUUGUCUAUUGUGAACAAAUUUGUGCAAAUCUGAUAAAAAAUUAAAUUAAAAUCCAGUAAGCCUCAUAAAAUAUCUGUCUCCCAAUUAAAUGCAGUGUAACCUAAGAAAAUAACUCAGAGCAUUUUCUUUCCUAGAUGCUUAGUGACUCUAGGUUGAGCUCUGUCCUAGAAUCAGCACUGGGUAUUCAUCUUAAUCCAGAUUCACCUUUAACAUCUCAGUAUUUAAUUACAGCUGAAUAGAAUUUUUUACAAAAUCAGUGCAUUGUCUUCCGACUCUGGAACUGUACCAAGUAGACUCGUGGUGAAAGAAUCUGGGUUAAGAAGCAUACUUAGACUAGGAUGGUACUAAGAUUUCCUUGCACUGUGUUUAAGAACAUGAGUUUCUUCUUGUUUACUGCUCAACAUUGGGUUUACAGCUUUCACUCAUCGAUCAAAUCACGUGAAUCCAUGCAGAUAGGAAGCAAGUAAAGUGUAGUAGAAAUGUUUCAUUUGCUCAGAGGUCAAAUGAAGGAACAAACAGAAGAAAAACAAAGAAUUUAUACUUUAUCAGAGUAAGCACUGAUUAUUGUGCAUAGUGUGAGUUGUAAUAAAUUAAUGAGUUCUGGAAUGUAACUUAAUAUCUCUGCUCAUAUUGAUUUUUAUUAAAAUAGGGAGUCCUAUAACACUACAUAGCUUUAUAAGUCGCACAAUGGUAAAAUGAGAAUGUUCAUUAUACAUAAAAAUUUGAAAAACACCUAAGUGACUUAGGUAUUUUAGCUAUUUUUCAAAGGAUUACACUCCAAUUUCUUUUCAAAGGACAGAAUGUAGAUAUACAGUAUAGUGCUUGUUCAGAAAUGAAAAAUAUAGAUUAUCUUUAUUCUGUUCUAUGAUUAAAUUGGAGCUGGUCUGCAAUGUGGAAACAAGUCAUAAGUGUCUUUGAAAAUUUUAAAAUAUUAUUUUUUCAACUGUUUUCUCAAAGUUGCAAAUAUUUUAACUAGAAUUUUCUAAUUAAACCAUUCCCAUUUUCUAGUCUUUGUACCCUUAUUCUUUUCCAUCUUAUUUUCCCAAUUUGCUCCUAUUUUCAGUUCUGUGCUAAAAAGAGUUGAGGAAAAGAAAAGAAGAAAAAAAAAAGGAACGAGGGAAAAAUAAAACUGAAAAAUGGGUUUAGGCCAAAAACCAAAAACUCUAACUUGAGAGGCAUGUUCAAACAGAAAUCUGUUGUUUAAGAAGCAGCUGUCAGGUCUAAGGAAGCAAGUUUUGUUGAAAAUUGGGUGAGUGUGCACCAAGCCAUUCUAGGAAAUGCAAUCAGUUUUUAUUUUUGAGCAACCCAAAUGCCAUAAAGAGGGACAGAUCAUCCACCCUUUUACUAUGUAAGAGUGUUCUGGAAGCCACUGAGUCUGUUCAACCAGGGAUUAAAAAUGUAUGAGUACCCUAGAAAAAUCACAAUUAUUUAUGGCAUGAUACAAAAAUAGAAACUGAUGUUCAGCUCAAAACUAAGCUAUGUUAAGCUUAAAUUUUGCUUUAAUUAGAAUAGUCUGGGGGUAACUCUACAGGGCAUGGGGAAACACUUCUGGGUGUGUGCCUGUGUGAAUUCAGUUUAAUGCAAGGGAGGUAGCACUGGUAUUUAUCUGCCAUUAGCUGGAUUGUCACUUUAUCACCACCUCAUGAAGGAAAACUGGGAAAUUAGCCCCGAUCACACCAUUUAAACAGUCUCUAAAUCCCUUUGAUGCUGGUGGGAUCUCUUUGAAUUUAAUUUGUGUGCUUACUGCUAGCAUGGCAGUGCCAGCCUGCUCAUAUAUUGCCAUCUAGUUAAGUGCUCCCCUUACUCAGUGUGUAUUUCUGCAAUAUUUAGCCAUUAAUAACUAAAGCCCUUCUUAUGGAAAAAUCAGGAUACUUUCUCUGACCUCCAUGAGAUUGAAUUUUACUCCAAGAGCUGGGAAAGUAGGUUCUGGAGAAAUCUGGCUUUUUUGUUGUUGUUGGUGGUGGUUUUUUUCCUUUUUUUUUCUUUUUUCCUUUUUUCAUUUUUUUCUUUUUUCCUUUUUUCUUUUUUUCUUUUUUUUUUCUUUUUCCCCCAGUAUGACUGACUUCUGAAGUGUGUAAGUGGCAAACCAAACAUCAAGUGCCAUGAAAUAGAUCUACCUCCUGGAAUGACACAAGUGCAUAUUCUCUGUAUGCUGCCAUGCUCUUCCUAUCUCCCCAGCAGAUUCACUGUUAGUGUGAUACUAAUGUGUAUUGUGAGGAUCAUAAUUGCUUCCAGAUGGAAUACAGUGAUUAAUAGAUAUUUCAGGGUACAAAUUGCCCUUUAAGUGGUAGGUACAGCGAUAUUUUAAUAGGCCCCCAUUAGGCCUCAGAAAUUACAGUUACACUGUUUUUUAGUAGAAUAUUGGCAAUAAGGGAUUCCAUUAAAACAAUCAGCAUAGCUCAGAGUUUCAUAUGAUUAUAAAAUAAUAUUUUUAAAGCUGCUUCAUAUACCAUUAUUAUGGUACGACUGUUUAAGGGAUUAUACUUAAACUAACAUUUUUCCUGCUGCAUGAGAACUCCAAUAUAUAAAUAUAAUAAGCUUCUGUCAGUGCAUAACUGGUCCAAGCUUCCAUGCUUUAGGAGCCUUCCCGCAUGUAUAGAGAAAUCAGGAACCAGAUGCUCAGCUGCUAUAAACAAAUAAUUUCCUUGCUGUCCUUACGGCUACUGGGGUUGAUAUCAGCAGAGUGUUUGGCCUUAAAUGUACAGAAUAGACAAACUGCAAUUUUUGUUUAAAGUAGCCCCUCUACUGUAGGUAACAACAAAACUUAAGACUGUAAUAUUAUUUGUGCUAUUUAAUACUUCCUAUUUUGAGGAUUUCUAAAUAAUGUAUAUAAUUUUAUUCCUUAAAUAAAUGCAAAAGCAAACUGACUUCUAGGCAUAACUUCACCAAAUGUAAAGAUAUGUUCUCUGCCAAGAACUUCACCGUGUGCUGGUAUUUUUUUUUUGCCUUUUUAUUUUGUGUAGUUUGUAAAGUUUGCUGAAAUCUUGACCUAACAAUGUGUUCUUUGCAAUUGUUGUUACUGUAGAUAUGCGUGUUUUAUUAAGAGAAUCUUGGUUUUAAAAUUGUAGGUAUGUGUAUAAGUUCCUAGCAUGAUGAAACUGUCAUGACAGUGAAUAUGCAUCAUAUAAUGUGUAAGAAAGAACAAAAUGUAGUUUAACAUAGUACUAUUUAAUUGAAUAUCUAAAAUUCCCAACAAAAUAAAGUGUGUUGCAACAAUUAAAAA